UUUUACACCAGGAGAUGGCUGUGUUGCAGCUCUAAGGGUGUAAGCUACCGUAAUACUCAUACGAAGAAGAAGAAGUUGGUCCCUCCUACAAAAUGGCGUCCUCCAAGACGGGAGACGGCGUGAGAGCAACACAAACAGGGAAGAAAAUGAAAAAGGUUAAAAACGAGGUGGAUGAAUCUGACCUCCUUACUGUUCCUGAUGGAUGGAAAGAGGCGUCUUUCACCAAAGACGACAACCCGCGGGGUCUGUUGGAGGAGAGCAGCUUUGCAACCCUCUUCCCCAAAUACAGAGAAGCCUACCUGAAGGAGUGCUGGCCUCUUGUUGAGAAGGCCUUAGGCGAUGCACACAUCAAAGCCACCCUGGACCUCAUUGAGGGAAGCAUCUCAGUUUGCACUACUAAGAAGACUUACGACCCUUACGCCAUUGUGAGAGCCAGAGAUCUAAUCAAGCUGCUGGCCAGGAGUGUCCCAUUUGAACAGGCUGUGCGGAUAUUACAGGAUGACAUGGCAUGUGACAUCAUCAAAGUCGGCACCCUGGUGAGAAACAGAGAGCGGUUUGUGAAGCGAAGACAGCGGUUGAUUGGCCCCAAGGGUUCCACCCUAAAGGCUUUAGAGUUGUUGACCAACUGCUACGUGAUGGUGCAGGGCAACACGGUGUCAGCCUUGGGGCCUUUUAAUGGCCUAAAGGAGGUACGCAAAGUGGUGAUGGACACGAUGAAGAACAUUCAUCCCAUCUACAACAUUAAGACGCUGAUGAUCAAACAGGAGCUGUCCAAAGACCCCGACCUGCGAACGCAGAGCUGGGAGCGCUUUCUGCCUAAGUUCCGCCACAAGAACCUGGCAAAGCGCAGGGAGCCCAAGAAGAAGAGCUUAAAGAAGGAGUACACACCAUUCCCUCCCUCACAGCCGGAGAGCACGGUUGACAAGGAACUGGCCACAGGAGAAUUCUUCCUACGCGAAAGUGUGAAAAAGAGGAAGAAGAUGGAGGGGAUAAAGGUGAAACAAGCAGAAGCACUGACCAAGAAGCAGGAAGAGCGGAACAAAGCGUUCAUUGCUCCUAAAGAGAAGCCUCUGAUGAAGAAAACCAACAAAGCGCCUACAGAAAACAAGCUGGACAUCGAAGCCAUUAAGGAGAAAGUAAAAAGGGCCAAAACCAAGAGACUGGGGGCUCCUCCAGUGAACCCGGCUCCCCCCACUAGCACCACCAGGGGAAAGAAGAAAAAGAACAAACACAAGGGCUAACCACAGACUGUCCCCGUGCUACUUGUGUUGUGGACCAUGUGUUCUGGGGCCUAUCGGAGGGCUCUGUCAGGACCCCGCAGUUGGGACAUCAGGCACACAGUGAAGAGGCUUUUAUUCAACCACGUGUAAUAUGGAUUUCAUGUUCAUAUUGUCUGUAUGACUCUAUCUGAAGACCAGUGGUACACCAUUGAGCAAUGUUAUACAUUGUCCUCUGCUUUGCCUCAUUUGCCAUUUAACUAUUGUCAUUGUUUUCAAAGGUCAGUAUUUAUAGGUUUUCAUCGUAUGUUGUUGUCCUUCCUCAGAGGCCGACUCGGAUGAAAAUGUGAAAUUAAAGGCCAAUUUCUUUAAACAACCUGAACUUUAGGUUUGCUUUAAUUUCUUUUAUGUCAAAAAACUUUUAAAGUUCUGUUUGCGGUUAGGUACGUGAUACAGAAUCUGUCUAUAUUCAUGGUUCAUGUUUUUGGGGCAUUAAGUCCAUUACCUUUUUGUAAAUUUUAAGAAAUGAUUUUUGUUUAUUUUUUAAUAGUCUCCUUGGGCAGUUAACGCUGACAUUAUUGUGACAAACUGCAUACGCUGCGAUAAAGGUGACUGAGGGCAAUGGGUCGGGCCAUCACAACAGUCCCGUAGUUGAUAAGGUUAGUGGGAGCGGGGUCCCAGUCCGGAGUCCAGUUGUAGCCUGUAAAUCUCAAUAAAACACUGUGACAAACGGUUAAAGGUCUGAAGGUUGCCAAGUAUGCCCAUACCUGCUGCUUUGUGCAUGAGGAGCAGGUUGAGCACUGCCCGAGCCCUACAGAAUGACCUCCAUUAGGCCACUGAUGUAAAUGUCUCAGCCUAAACAAUCUGAAACAGACUUGACGAGGGCGGCCUCAUGGCGAGACAUCUGGUGUGCCCUGAGCUCACUGACGCUUGAUUGGCAUUAGCUGUAGAACACCAGAUUUGGCCGUGUGCUUUUCACAGUUGAGAGCAGGUUCACCCUGAGCAGCUGUGAUAGAAGUGAAAGACGGCGGGGCGCACAGACCUCUACAGGCUAGAAAGCAGCAGUCUGACUGCCAUUAGGUAUCGGGAUGAACGUGUUUAUUACUUAUUUUACCCGCUAGGUUAAAAUACUUUUUGUGACACUAAUCCCUGAUACUUGCGGCCAACUUUGGUU